GUUAACAUAAGAGGAAAAAUGGCUGAUCAUUGUCCCUACCUAAGUAAGCUGGCGUCCUUGAAUUCCGAGAAAACACACGGCGGGACUGCCAACAAAAGUGUUGCCGAGGAGAGAUUGGUCCAACUUCUUGAAGGGCAAACAGUUCCCGUGGAGAUGGGAAAUUUGCCUACCGUUCCGCCGCCAUGGUACAACCCAGUCAAGUUCCAGCGAGGCCAAGAAUUUGCCCGUCGACAUUUCGCGGGCAUCUCUCUAGCCCACUUCGUUUCCCUCAUCACUAUGCUCACCUCACCUCAAAUUCUCAAGCCGCUUAUUUUCACGCAAAAAUCGGAGACUGUCUUGAAAUCGUUCAAGCGCUACAUUGGGACGGUGGUUCACGUCACGGCCUGGUAUUUCGGAGACGUCUGGCAAAAGGAUCAUCCGGCUAGGCGAUCCAUCCAGAUGGUGAGGAGUAUGCACGAUCACGCCUCCAGUCAGAUGAACCAUCCCGAUCGAAGACGACAGGUAGACAACACGGCAAUGGCCGGAUGCGGAGAGCCUUUCGAAGAUCCCUCCAUGCUGGCCAGUCUUCAAAUGGAUGCUCAAAAAUUGGCUGGCUGCCCGUAUGUUGGAUUGAGACGUCAACCGGCCAACAGCGAUCAAGAAGAGCCUUACGUUUACUUCAAUCAAUUCGAUAUGGCUGAUUCGCAGUUUGCUUUCGUUGGAGUCCUCGUCCUGUUUCCUCACAAGUUCGGUGCUACUUACGCCUCUGACGACGAACUCAGUGGGUUUAUCCACUUCUGGCGGUGCAUAGGUUACUUACUCGGAAUUGAGGAUCGGUUCAACUUUUGUGACGAAGAUAAUCUGGACCUAACAAGAGACCUGUGCCGUCACUACCUGGACAAAAUGAUUAAGCCGGCUUUUAAGGACGCUUCAGUUGAAUUUGAGCACAUGGCCAGGGCAGUGGCGAAAGGCGCGAGCUUAUAUUAUCCAGGAGUUUCUUUCGAGAGUCUGUUUGCAUACUACGCCAACGUAGUUGGACUGCCGGCCGCCAACUUUAUUCACCACAUGUCGUACUCACAGUGGUUCUACUAUCUCUACUUGCGUCUCGUUUUCAGUGUCCUUUGCUGGAUUCCCGGAGUCAUCCGGGUGUUCAGUGGGAUGACGCAGUUCUCCAUUGGCUUGGUUGUGGCUCGUUCCAGCACUGCCGGUUGGUGGCCAAAGAGCUGGAAACCCCCACAAGUAGGCGGACUCGACGUGUUUUGGACUCUGAAACCCAGGGCAGAAGGGCUAAAAAAUUCACAAACAAAUCUAGCAUUGAACGGCGCUUAGAAAUCUCGGUUAGUUUUGAUUCCUGAACUGGUAGGAACAUGUACUCCAAAAGCGACUGACACCGUGUGACCGUAAAGCUAAGCAUUAACAACCUCAUUAAUAGGUUUAUAAUCAUAUGCAUAUUAACUCUGCUACGUGAUUAGCACGAUUGUCUCUAUCACACAAAUCAGAAAUGACUGCUACUGCAAAUUUUUUACGUUGCACGCUAAAUGUACCUAGUUAGAUUUCUGAGAAAUAACGUGCAAUUUUUGUUGGCAUUAAUUAAAAGCAAAUAUUUAUUUGAUGAUAGUAUCUACCAGUUUCAAAAGAAUUUCAAGAACUGGUGAUUGCAGACUAACUGUUACUUGCAGUGCUCAAACCUUUGGCAUACCCCUGAUAUUUACAAUUGAUUUCUCCAUUUUGAAAUAACCAAAAUUUCUCCAUGAAUGAAACAUAAGCUGUUGCUGUGCAAAGCUUGCAAAAAAACAAACUAUCGUGUUAAUCGUGUCAUCGUAUUUCAAUCGGCUUCUUACAACAAAGUUGUUACUGGCGAAUACAAAAUGAGACAUA